UUGCUCUCUCACAGUUUACUGUCAUGAACUCGAUUUGUUCCAUGAUAGUUAAAGUGGGCCCAUUAUAACUUCUCACUCAUCGUAACUGGAACACCAAUGGCAUACAAACUGUCUAUCCAAAUUCUGCAAGCAUGGCUACCCCGACCGAGAUAAGACAUGCUUAUCGACAUCUAUAUCGAAAUCUUCUCAAGGCAGUGCAAUACGCAAUUCCUGCUCGCUUCGUAGCCCGCGAUCAACUCCGGAGGGCCUUUCGCGAGCCAGGUGCCACAUAUGAUGGACGGGGCAUCAAGCGAACCAUAUGGUUUCUCCAGGCGGCAGCGAAAGAGAAAGGAUUGGAGCAUAAGAUCUUGAAGAACUUAUUGCGAGUCCGGCAGAUGAGAUACCGGAAAAAGGAUUACUCGGCUUAUGAUCCGUUGAAACAUGCAGAACAGGAGAUGAAGGAAGCGAAUGCGACUGCGUAUAAUCAUUAUGAUAUGACGGUCGCUAUGCUUAAUAAAACUAUGGGCAUCUGUCUCCGUUGAGAUUACUUGAGGCUCCCCCAAGUUUAUGCGAAGAAGAGCAAUCCACUAAGCCCAGGACUCGCCUCGGAAACCUGCGGUAGCUGAAGUUCUUGGAAUACGGACACACAGAUAUCAAGUUCUCAGACAAAGAAGGAACAGAGUUACGGAUGCGUAUUUUGCCAUCAAAGGCCUGAGGUACUAUAGAAGCUCCUCUAGCGGCUCUUCAUCGAGACGAUGAAAGGGACCUGUACAUCAACUGUACUACGUACACGAGGCACAAGGAGUUGUAUGGUUGAUGGCAGAUCUUGGACGGAAUAACCGGCAAAUUAUUUGCAUACGUUCUGACUUGGGCAUUCCCAAUUCCCCGAACGGAGAGACCUUAAAUAGUACAUGUACAAUACAUUGAACAUAAAUCGCAAUCCUCACUAGGCUAACCGAAGCCCUCAACGCCUUCAUAAAUGCUUUUCCUUUGUCUGUGAUGGUCUUCUCCUUCAACCAUGCUUGCUGGGUCUUUUAUCGGCAUUCGGGAGGAAGCUCUACUCCUCGCUCGGAACGUCAAUGUCAACACCAAGCUCCUCAGAGAAAACCUGGUUUAGGCUGGAUCCAUCACGAACGUAGAUCCAGUCACCCACAGCUGUGCCCUCUUUCUCGUUCUGGCCCUCGCCAAAGAGGCACCAGUCGUAGCGCUUAGGGCCAGAGAUGGGAGACGACAGCCAGAUCUGCUUAUUGGGGGGCUGUUUGUUGAUGAUGUAUGUGCCCUUGUCAGGCCAACUGAUGCUGAGGACUCCAGCCUGUAGAUAAAUGUAUCAGAUGGGGUUGGACGAUGAUCGCAUAAGUGAUACGUACUGAAAAGUCGACGUCGAUGUCUUCUCGCUGAUCCUGGAGUUCCUCAAACUUCCCGACAACAUUAUCGAGGUACUCGUCCGCAAGGUCAUGGUACUCUUGCUCAGUAAUAUCGGCCACAACAGCAUUCUGAUGGAUCUCUUCGGCUUCGUUCAAAGGCUUGGCAGGAUUCUCCGUAUCAGGCAUGAUACCCCGCUUGCUGGAAACCGUAGUCGAGAAGCAUUUUUGCGAAAGGGUAGAUCGGAUGGAAAGGUGUGUGAUUGCAGGAGCGAUACGGAAGCUUGAGCGGCAGAUGGGUGUUGAAGAGCGGAUCGCUCGCGAAGCCAAGCGGGAAGCUUGAAAUGCGAUUUGUCGGGACAUUUUGUUUGUUAGAAGAUCAACUUUCAGAAAUUGCGUCCUGACUAUAGUAUUGAAUGGUUAGAAAGGGCCCGUAAAUGAAAACCAGAAUAGCAUUCGCGGUGACGAGCUCGGUCAAUUGCUGUUAUUCAGAAGAUGAACGAAUUGAAGCAACCAAGCUCCCCG